AUGGACAAAAUAAAUGAGUCGAACAAUGAAGCGGACUUGUCUCUAAAAAUUCCACAAUUAGCUCCAACAUCCACAAGGCACUGCCUAAUAGGAUUUUCUUUUGACCAAAAACGACUAAUACCAGAAUCCAAAGAAAAAGUUUAUGAUUAGAUUAGACUUAAACUAGUGGGUCUUCAAGACUUAUUUCAGCAUCUUGCUAUCCUACGGAUUUAUUGCGUUGGCGUUACUCCUGACGUCACCAAAAAAAUGGUGGUCUUUCGGGUAGAUUGCCAUACCGUCUUCUGGGUCCCACUAACAAAAAAAACUUCUUCAAUCUCCAAAUGGCUCUUAUAUGGGACAGGGUUGUAAUGCUCCCAUGGAGUGCUGAAGGGCAUUACGCGGUAGGCACUCUUGCAAACUAGGAAAAAGAUUGAGGAUCAGCUCCUGAAAAUAAAACCGCCCCAAGAGCUAUCGCCAUUUGGCUCCUCUUCUCUGGCUCCGGAUCAACUCCGGAGCAUCUAAGUCCAAUUCAGAUCAAGCCAUUUUAAUAAUUCAAAAGUUUAUGAAGAAAACGCAAUCAAAUACGUAAAACUUGAUCCUUUAAUGCAGACCCAAAAACCAAUGAGAAAUGGGAUAAGUCCUUUAUUAAGGCAUCCUUUUCUAUGUCCACACUGUAAAAAAUUUAAGCUUCCACAAAGAUUAUUUAAUCAUCAUGCUGGACUACCAAUCAAGAAAAAAUUUUGUAAUUGUACGAGCUCGAAAAAGGUUUUAAAAGAUCUGUUUCUAGAAGAAAAAAAGGUUUUAGCAACUGUUCCAUCGUCUUCUCCUUUUCAAACGCGCCCUAAAAAAGAAAAUAUGAGAAACCCUUCUAUGAAUUUUCCAGUUGACUACCAAGAAAGGACCCUUAUGGCUAAAGGCAUUGGAUUGUCAAAAUCAUCAAGUAAAAGUAAAGAGCUAGAAAAACCAAUUGACUUCCCGAAAAUUUUUAUGCUUUCUGAUGGAAUGAUAAGAGGAAAAGAACUUCUUGAAAAAUUGAAAAGUUCACAGCCAAGUUUGCACAAUUAUGAAAAUGAAGACCCUGAAACAGAAAUUCCUGUCGAAAAUCCAAUUGGUGAGCCGCAAAAAUAUAAAUAUCUUAUACACAAAGGAAAUAAUUCAAAAUUGAUAAAGACAUUAAUGCAGUUAAGGAGCGAUUGAGAAGAAGGUGACUACACCUUGCCGAAUUCUUCGCAUUUUAUAUGGCAUCCUACUUCUGUUCACAUUAAAUUUGGCAGGCUACUUUCAUACCUCCCAACCCAAAUUACGAAUCAUUUUGAAUUUCACGCAGAAAUCACGAAUAAAGUAAACUUGUUUAAAAAUUUACGAAAUUACUGCUUAUUACGAGAUAUAGAUAUUACCGAAAUCAUGCCAAUUACUUUUGAAAUUGACAUCGAAUCUAAAGUUUUCCAUUCUCAGCUCAUGCUAUUUAUGAGUUACUUCAAAAACCUACAAAAAGAUGAUAAUAAAAGAACUCUCACUAAACAAAAACUGUUUAGUUUUGAUUCAGUCACACAGACAAAAAUGCCGCCCUCUACACAUUUUUUAGGGGAAAAUAUAUGGAUUCUUAAACCUUCCGGUUUCAAUAGAGGCAGAGGAAUCCAUGUUUUCAAUGAUUUGGAGACGCUUAAAAAUCUAUUUACAGAGUAUCAAGAAUUCGCAAAUAUAAAACGAUUAAAAAAAAAUUUGAAACAAAAUGAAAAAGGAAAGAUUUAUUCACUUAAGUUUGUGAUACAAAAAUAUAUAGAAAGUCCUUUACUAAUAAAUAGCAGGAAAUUUGAUAUAAGGGUUUGGGUGCUAAUUACCCAUGACUUAAACUGCUAUUUUUUCCCACAAGGCUAUUUACGAACUUCUUCAGAGAGUUUUUCGCUAGAUAAAGAGACUUUAUCAUCAGAAUUUGUUCAUCUCACUAAUAAUGCUGUUCAAAAAGAAGGGAAAGCGUAUGGGAAAUUUGAAGAUGGAAACCAACUAUCAUUUCAGUUUUUCGAAGAAUUCAUUGACAAUAUGAAAAAAGAUAUCAAAUUCUCUGAUUUAAUUUUCAAGAUCAAAGAAUUAAUUACACACUCAUUGAUCUCUGCUAAAGGAAAAUUAAAUCCUAAUAUGAGGCAGCAUUGCUUUGAGAUUUUUGGAUAUGAUUUUAUAGUUGAUUCGAGCUUAAAUGUGUGACUUAUUGAGUGCAACACAAAUCCUUGCUUAGAAUUAUCUUCGCCAUUGCUGCAGCAGUUAAUCCCAAGAAUGGUAAAUGAUGCACUGGAGCUAACAGUUGAUGCAAUUUUCUCUAUAGAAAAUAAAGCAAUUUUGUAUGAAACUCCAAAAGUUUUGGAUCUUCCUGAUGAUAAUUUGUGGGAAUUUUUGGUAACUCUCAAGAAAUGUAGAAAGGACUCAAAAAGCAAUGAAAAAAACUUCAGAAGUGCAGCUUAG